UAUUUAUUAAUUUAAAGCCACCAGAGAACAGGACGGCGGAAGAAAGUUGGGAAUCAUUGCUAACUCCGCACUGCUGAGUAGCUUCUCUAGCUCAAUUUUUCUUCGAGGAGAAACGAAUCUCUGCUCUCUCAAUGGCAGCAAUUUCAGGGAAGGUUUUCCAAAAUAUUAAUCUAUCACAGUGCUACCACCAGUCUAGACAGUUCAGCGACCAAUAUCGAAGGGACUGUUUUUCCCGUUUUAACUUGCUUCCCUUUGAUGGAGGGAAGGUUGCAUGGACUGGCACGUCAUCCAUGCAGCUGCGCACCUUUUCCACACACCAGAUAAAUUUUAUUAAUCGAGGACCUGUUCACUGCAAUGCUGCUCCAUCUACAAUCUCUUCUCUUGAUAAUAUUGAUUUCCAGAAGCUUCAAAAUGGAAGUGAUAUUCGAGGCGUUGCUGUUGCUGGUGUCGAGGGAGAGCCUGUGAAUCUUACUGAAUCAGUUGCAGAAGCAAUAGGAGCUGGCUUUGCUGCUUGGUUAUUAGAAAAGAAAAAAGCUGAUGGUUCACGACGCUUUAGAGUUUCUAUUGGACACGACUCACGAAUUUCAGCUGAAAAGUUACAGGAUGCAAUUUCUCAAGGUAUAGCUGGUGCAGGGCUGGAUGUUAUUCAAUACGGAUUAGCUUCUACACCAGCUAUGUUUAACAGCACUCUUACUGAAGAUGAAGCAAUUUUUUGUCCUGCUGAUGGAUCCAUUAUGAUAACAGCAAGUCAUUUGCCGUUCAACAGGAAUGGGUUCAAAUUUUUUACAAAUGCUGGUGGGCUUGGCAAAGCUGACAUUAAAGACAUUCUGGGGCGUGCUGCAGAAUUCUAUAAAAACCUGAAUAAUAGAGAUGAUUUGAUAAAUUCAAGGGGGAAAGGUUCUGCAACAAUAGAGAAGGUCGAUUACAUGAGUGUCUAUGCAUCUGAUUUGGUGAAGGCAGUCCGUAAAGCUGCAGGAAAUAAAGAAAAGCCCCUGGAAGGAUUCCAUAUUGUUGUUGAUGCUGGAAACGGUGCAGGAGGAUUUUUUGCUGCGAAGGUGCUCGAACCACUGGGCGCAAUCACUUCUGGUAGUCAGUUCUUGGAGCCAGAUGGUUUAUUUCCAAACCAUAUCCCAAAUCCUGAGGACAAGACUGCAAUGAAAGCUAUAACAGAGGCUGUCCUUCAGAACAAAGCCGAUUUAGGGAUCAUCUUUGACACUGAUGUUGAUAGAUCUGCUGCUGUGGAUUCUAAUGGACGUGAGUUCAACCGGAAUCGCCUAAUUGCCUUGAUGUCUGCUAUUGUUCUUGAGGAGCAUCCUGGAACAACUAUUGUUACAGAUAGUGUGACUUCUGAUGGUCUAACGUUGUUUAUAGAGAAGAAACUUGGGGGAAAGCAUCACAGGUUCAAAAGAGGCUACAAAAAUGUGAUUGAUGAAGCUAUUCGUUUGAAUUCUGUCGGCGAGGAGUCACAUUUGGCUAUUGAAACCAGUGGUCAUGGAGCUCUCAAGGAGAACCAUUGGCUUGACGAUGGCGCAUAUCUCAUGGUCAAAAUUUUGAACAAACUUGCAUCAGCAAGAGCCUCAGGAUUGGGUGGCGGAAGCCAAGUUUUGACAGAUCUGGUGGACGGUUUACAAGAGCCUGCUGUUGCUGUCGAGUUGCGAUUAAAAAUAAAUCAAAACCAUCCAGACCUUCAAGGAGGACCCUUCCGUGAUUAUGGAGAAGCAGUGCUGAAGCAUGUUGAGAAUCUCGUUGCUUCUGAUCCCAAGCUUCUGAAAGCUCCUGUUAACUAUGAAGGGGUUCGGGUUUCUGGAUUUGGCGGGUGGUUCCUUCUGAGGCUCUCACUGCACGAUCCGGUUCUUCCUCUUAACAUCGAGGCACCAAGCCAUGACGAUGCCAUAAAUCUCGGCCUCGCAGUCCUUGCUGCUGUAAAGGAAUUCCCUGCCUUGGAUACAUCUGCACUAGACAAAUUUGUUCAAGUAUGAAUAAGUUCCUGAGGAACACGAGCUCUAUAAUUUUCAAAUUCGAUGUUUCAAAUAUUCCCGAAAAUUGCAUUUGCUUCUCAAUAGGUUUCAAUGUUUUUUUACUUUCCAGGCAUGAACCAGAGAUUUUUCUCCCAAAACUCUCUAAAUGAUAUACCAGUUGGUGAUAACCAUUCCUUUUCCUGCCAUUCUAAUGCCAUAUUCUCAGUUUCUGUU